AUGAAAGGCGAGGUUCUUCACCUUCACCUGGGCCAAGCUGGCACCCAACUCGGCAACUCGGCUUGGGAACUAUACCUUCUUGAGCACGGCCUCGGGCCCGACGGCCGACCUGACCCGAACGCUGGAGAGCUCGCUGAAGGCGGCUCGUUCGAAACCUUCUUUACGGAGACCAGCAAUGGCAAAUACGUGCCCCGAACCAUCUUCUUCGAUCUCGAUCCUUCGCCGAUCGACGAGAUCCGGACCGGAGAUUACCGCUCCCUCUUCCAUCCCGAGUACCUAGUGAGCGGCAAGGAAGAUGCUGCCAACAACUAUGCUCGCGGCCACUACACCGUCGGAAAGGAGGAGAUCGACACCGUUAUGGAGCGCAUUCGCCGUGUUACUGACAACUGCCACUCUCUCCAAGGAUUCUUAAUCUUCCACUCCUUCGGUGGCGGUACCGGUUCGGGUUUCGGUGCCCUUCUCCUGGAGCGCUUGUCAAACGACUAUGGCAAAAAGUCUAAGCUCGAGUUCGCCGUGUACCCCGCUCCUCGAGUGUCCAAUGCCAUCGUCGAGCCCUACAAUGCCGUUCUGUCGACCCAUAGCACCAUUGAGAACUCCGACUGCACAUUCUUGGUUGACAACGAGGCCGUGUACGACAUUUGCCGACGGAAUCUCGAUAUCCCUCGGCCUUCGUACGAGCACCUUAAUCGCCUCAUCGCCCAGGUUGUCAGUUCGAUUACGUCGUCGUUGCGGUUCGACGGUGCGCUCAAUGUCGACCUGAACGAGUUCCAGACGAACCUCGUCCCCUACCCUCGCAUCCACUACCCCCUGAUUAGCUACGCCCCUGUAGUUUCCGCUUCCAAGAGUGCUCAUGAGAGCUUCAAGGUCCAUGACUUGACAUUCCAGUGCUUCGAACCUAACAACCAAAUGGUUGUCUGCGACCCCCGCAACGGAAAGUACAUGGCCGUCUGCCUCCUGUAUCGCGGCGAUGUCGUUCCUCGAGAGUGCAAUGCUGCUAUUGCCGCACUCAAAGCCAAGGCCUCGUUCAACCUUGUUGAAUGGUGCCCCACAGGCUUCAAGCUUGGUAUCAACUAUCAGAAGCCUGUAGCGGUGCCCACAUCGUCCCCCUCCGAGGGUGGCCUUGCGUCCGUUGACCGAUCCGUCUCCAUGCUCUCGAACACGACCGCCAUCGCCGAAGCCUGGUCGCGCCUGGACUACAAGUUCGAUCUCAUGUACAGCAAGCGCGCCUUCGUUCACUGGUACGUCGGUGAGGGUAUGGAGGAGGGUGAGUUCAGCGAAGCCCGAGAGGACCUUGCUGCACUCGAGAAGGAUUACGAGGAGGUUGCAGCUGAGGGCUUCGAUGGGGAAGAGGAGGAAUACGAACACUAG